AUGGAAUAUUCAAAUGAAACUUUUAAGAAUCUAGAAGUAUAUCAGAAUAGAUAACUUAUUUACUAUCAACAUGGUAAAUCUUAAAAAGAAGAGAAUUAAACCAUUUAAGAUUUAAUCACUUAAUUCAAUUUUAAUUUACAUCAAACAACUAAUGAUAAUUAAAUAAUUGAUCGGUUUUCUUAAAUGAAUCUCCAAGAUAACUGA